GCCCGACGGGCCCGGGGCGGGGACGCGGACUACCCGCGAGCCGGCCCGCCCCCAGCCCCAGCGACCUCUUGGCCCAGGGCGUCUGCGACGCGGGGAAGGAGGGCGACGCCCCCGGCCCGCCCCGUCGGAGUCCGCCUCCGCCUCCGCCGCGGCUCUGCCAGGCAGUGGGAGUGCGGGGGCCCUGCGAGGGGCGGCGACAAGGACGAAGGAGGCAGACGGUGGGGAGGGGACCCGAAGGAGCGGGAACGCGGCACGGGCGACAGCGGAGUCCCUGGGACAGGCUGAGCUAGGAGCGCGAGAAAGAGCGCCGGUGUGAGCAACGAGCGACUGGGAGACUGACAUCAGAGAAGGGAUCUGUCGGGGACGGAGACGGCGGCAGGGACGACGAGUGUGGGGGGAUCGAGUUCUGCACCGGGAAGAAGGGCGGGACGUGGAACAGAGAACAGCAGGCUUGGGGAUCGCUUCGUGCCCUGUUAACAGGGUUGGCCCAGCCUUCUGCAGGCUGGGCCUGAGUCACUCCCCAGGCAGGAGAGCUGGGAAGGGCUGUGCAGAGUCCACAGUCACAAGGGACAUACUCAGGCUGCAGAACCCUGCUGCCCACACCCCAACCGGGCAGGCUUUUCUCAGAUAAGGAACCUGGGGUCUGAGACAGAGUGAACUGUUGGAAGAUACACAGUGAGAAAGUGGGCUGAACCCAGGGGACCACAGAGAAUCACAUCACUUCCCAGUCUCCAUGGCAGAAGAGGGGGCCAUCCUAAAGAUCACCGGGAACCUGAAAAAUGCUGUCUCUGCCAUCCUCCAGGGAUAUGGGCAAGGGCAGGGGCCAGUGACAGACACCAGCGCGGAGCUACAUAGACUCUGUGGCUGCCUGGAGCUGCUGCUGCAGUUUGACCAGAAAGAGCACAGGAGCUUCCUGGGGGCUCGGAAGGAUUACUGGGACUUCCUGAUCACUGCUCUGCGGCAGCAUCGGGGAUACACGGAGCAGACCAACUUUGUGUGCUCACAGAACAAGCUGAAGACCUCUCUGGGAAAGGGUCGCGCUUUUAUCCGACUCUGCCUCGCCCGUGGACAGCUGGCUGAGUCAAUGCAGCUGUGCCUCCUGAGCCCAGAUCUCACUAGGGAAUGGUAUGGACCCCGGAGCCCUCUGUUGUGCCCUGAGCUCCAGGAAGACAUCUUGGACUCUCUCUAUGCCCUCAAUGGAGUUACCUUCAACCUGGAUCUGCAGCGCCCAGACCUGGAUGAAGCUUGGCCCAUGUUCUCAGAGUCCCGCUGCUCCAAUCCCAGUCGGACCCAGGAAAGAAGACCCAGAAAGCCUGAGGCUUUCCCAAAGGAGGUGGGAUGCUUCACAGGACAACUACAGGGACCAGACACCCAUGGAACCAGCUGUCUACAAGAUGCACCCAGAGAAGCCCGCCACAAUGACCUCCCCACCCCCUUGCAACAUGGCCAUCUUCCCACCUUUUUGGAAAAGAAGAAAGGGGAUUCUAGGAGCCUCACUUGUCCCCAGCGCAUUUGGGAAACAGAAGGGGAGGGAAUUCGGCUAGACCUGAAGGAGGGAAGUCCAAAGAACAGGAAAUCCCUGGAGAAUUCAGCACCCAGCAGCCAACCACAGAGGGAGGGGGCUAAGGAGACUCAAAGGGAGGUGGCAGGAAUGGAAGAUGAAGGCAAAUCAAGUCUGCCAGUGACAAAAGUUCAGAGAGUAACAGAAGGGACCCAGGAAAGGGCAUCAGAUUGGGACCAUGACCAAGGGGUGCUGGCCCCCAGCCUUCAAGAAAGGGUAGAAGACACAGCAUUAGGAAACAGGCAGGGGUGGGAUCAGGAUUGUGUUCUGGGGCAGCCCUGGGUCCUGCAAGGCCUAGGAAUAAAGAAAGGCUCUACCACAGAGAAGCCACAAGAGUGGACAGGAGUGACCAGUGUGACCAGGCAGGAGGACCAAGCGGAAGUGCACUUGCAGGAGGUGGUCAAGGACCCCAGGUAUGAGCUCCAGCUGGCAAAGGAACAUGCCCAGCGCCAGGAGCAGCAGCUGCGGGCACAGGAAGAAUCGCUGCAGGCGCUCCAGGAGCAGCUCAGCAGGUGUCAGGAAGAAAGAGCCCAUUUGCAAGUGAUGCUGGAACAGAAGCAGCAGGAGGCUGAGAGGAGAGUCACCCUGUAUGAGAAGGAGCUCGAAGGGCAGAGGGACCUGGUCCGGGCCAUGAAAAGGAGGGUGCUGGAGCUGAUCCAUGAGAAGGACCACCAGUGGCAGAGGCUCCAGCAGCUGUCUACUGUGGCCCCUGGACACUGCAUGGGCUGCAACAAGGUCUUCAGGCGUCUGUCUCGGCGGUAUCCUUGCAGGCUCUGUGGAGGCCUGGUUUGCCAUGCCUGCUCUGCAGACUACAAGAAGAGAGAACACUGCUGCCCAGCCUGUGCCCAACGGGAAGAAAUCCAGAUCACCUGACCAAGAUGUCAAGAGCAACCAAAAAACAGCCACCACCCCCCUCCCCAGUUCACUCCCUCCCUGAAGUCUGACCACUUUUUUCCUCUGGAAGCUGGUGAUCCGAGGCCCCAGCACUACUGUGAGGGGUAGAGGGUACAGUCCAAAGAUAGACCUAGCUCUGCCUUUCCUGUUGAAGGGGCUGAGUGGAACAUGACUUAGCUCUAGCAGCUUUGUGUCUGCUGUGAGGAAGACAGGCUACGAACUCUGUAAAGUCCUUAGAGGCACCGCAAGUCCUUACGGUAACCAUGAAUAAGAACAGCCCAGGUUACUAGUGUUAGCCACACUCCCCUUGCCCUACUACUCACAAGAAGUGAAGCCUCUUCCAUCUCCCCCUCCAAUCUACUUCAGGUAUCAUUGGUUUGUCUCAUUUCUCACAGGGGUGCUGUUUACAUAUAAUAAGCAUUGCACAAAUCUGCAUCUCCAUACACAGGCAUCUGCUCCAAAGUGUUCUCACCCUCCCCAAACCCCUGCCUCUAUGCCGAGGCAACCACUGACCCUGCCUCAUGGCACCAAAAAGCACAGGUUCUUUCUAGAAAUUUGCAGAAAUAAAAUUGUGCAGUUCCCUCUUUA